CUGGCUGGCCUCGGCGCCAGUCGCAGAAACGUCGAGCAGGUCGUGAGCGUCCCUAAAGGAUGGACAAAGUUCCAAGAUGUCGUCAACCCAGCGCGCCACAUGCGGCUAUCGAUCGCCCUGCGGCAGCCCAACAUCGACCAGCUGGAGGCCAAGAUGGCAGAGAGCGGCAACCGUCUUUCGGUGGAAGAAAUCCGGCAGCUGCAGGCCCCGGAUCAAAAGGAUGUUGACGCUGUGCUACAGUGGCUGUCCCAGAACAAGCUCAAGGGCGUUGUCGACAAUGACUUCAUCCACUUCACGGCCACCGUGGCCCAAGCAGAGCCCUUGUUGGGGAUGAAGGUGAACCGCUUCGCAUAUCAAGACAAGAAGACGGUGCUGCGAACCACCAAGUACACGGUGCCCGACUCUGUUGCCGGUGCCAUCAGCUUCAUCCACCCCCUGGCCAACUUCAUGUCGGCUCACCAUGGGCCAGAGGUCGUAUCUGCACCGUCCAAGCCUGCGUCAAAAGGUGCUGUCACCCUGGAUAACACUGCAUACUGCUCUGGCACUGUCACGCCAUCGUGCCUUGCUCAGCUCUACAACAUUACAUCGUAUACUCCUGCCAACAACCACUCGCCCGUCAUCUUUGGCGUGGCUGGAUUCCUCGAGGAAAACGCCAACCUCCAGGAUCUGCAGCAGUUCCUCAACACGUCUGCACCCAAUGUCGCCCAGGCCGGAAGAUCCAUCAAAGUUGAGCUGGUCAAUGGCGGCGUCAACUCGCAAGACCUGGCUGAGUCUGGCCAUGAAGCGGCUCUGGAUGUGGACUAUGCCGUAUCUGUGGGCUUCCCUUCAAACGUCGUAUACUACUCUACGGGCGGACGAGGCGUCAAGCUGGACGACAACGGACAGCCCAUUUCGGGCGAAGAGGACGACAACGAGCCCUAUCUGGAUUUCCUCAAGUAUCUGUUGGUCAAGCCCGACCACCAGGUGCCCCAUGUGCUGUCGCUGUCGUACUCUGACGACGAGCUGUCUGUGCCUCGCGACUACGCUAAGCGCGUUUGUAGCCUGCUUGGCCUGCUCACAAGCCGUGGAACGUCCAUCAUCUUCUCGUCUGGCGAUGGCGGUGCUCGAGGUGGCCGAGACUCGUCCUGUCUCACCCACGACGGCACCAAGCGCCCCGUCACGAUGGCAACUUUCCCUCCCACCUGUCCAUGGGUGACUUCAGUCGGCGCCGUCACCAACAUCGCCGAGCCGCCCAGCGGAGCCAGCUUCAGCACCGGCGGCUUCUCCCAGUACUUUGCCCGGCCGAACUGGCAGGACAGCGCCGUCAAGGGCUACGUCCAGACGCUCAACGGCCACCUGGACGGCCUGUACAACCCAUCGAUGCGCGCCAUCCCGGACGUCUCCGCAGUCGGCACCUCCUUCCAGAUCAUUGCCGGUGGAAUCCCGCGCUUCCUGCAGGGCACCAGCGCCAGUGCUCCCGUGUUCGCCUCGUUGGUUGCGCUGAUCAACGACGCCCGAUUGCGCGCCGGCAAGAAGUCGCUGGGAUUCUUGAACAAUCAUCUGUACUCCAACAAGGUCAAGGGUGUUUUGCAGGACAUCACGGCGGGGAAGAGUAUUUCUUGCGUGUUUAACGACACAGAAGUGCCGGGAGGAUGGCCGGCGGCCAAGGGGUGGGAUGCGAUUACGGGGUUGGGCGUGCCCAAGGAGUUUGACAAGUUUCUGAAGAUUCGCGCGUUGUCUCUGUCCAGGCGUCAAUCCCGGAUCUCGGUCUCGCCCCUCUGUCGAUUUCGGUUCGAAUUUAUGCCUACGCAGCACGUAGAACCCGAAACUCACGGCCUGCUUCAAGAGGUUGCCAACUCACUACUCAAGGCGCGAAAGGUGGUGGUUGUCACCGGCGCCGGCAUCAGCACCAACUCAGGCAUUCCGGACUUUCGCUCCGAAAAUGGGCUCUACUCACUCAUCCAGGCUCAAUUCGACGCUGCCAGCCAGCCUACGCGAUCGGCCGAACGAUUCAAGACUGACGCCGACGGCGAUGGCGGAGAGGAGCCUCGUCCGACGAAACGUAGGAAGACGUCGCGAGAGCCUUCUCCAGACCUAGACGAGGUUGAUCGGCAGCUAAACGAAGACAUCAGGGCGCGCGCCGAGGCCGAGAGGCCAGCUGCGUCCAGUCAAGCCGCCGACACGCAGCCAGCCGUGGCCGCAUCAGAGCCAAACGCGUCAGAGAAUGUCUGCUUGAGCACUCCGCGUCCCAAGCCCGCGCUUCCCUCCACACCCCAGCCGACAACGACAUCUCCUCUAUGCUCUCCCCCAAGAGAAGAAUUCAUGCUUCCCCUGGCAUUGGCAUCAUCGUCAUUGCGAACCGAAGAUCGCGAGCGUAUUGCGGGCGUCUCUCAGAAUGUCGUUUCAUCUCCUCUAUCUUCACCGCCGCCGGUCCUCUUUGAUCCCUUCCACCCGUCAUCUCCAUCAGACGAAAACAUGAGCCGUCGCAGCAGCACCACGCCAUCGGAAGUCGAUGAGACGCAGGACCUACCAAAUGCCAUACCCGCCUCGCAGGCAUCCAAUCCCGGAAAGACGACUCUUCCCAACAUGAAGGGCAAAGAUCUCUUUGACGCCUCGAUAUGGUCCGAUCCUACGAGAACUUCCGUCUUUUACCAAUUCGCAACGUCUCUACGGCAAAAGGUCCGCGAGGCCGAGCCUACAAGCUCCCACAAGUUCAUCGGUCAUCUCAGGGAUCGGGGCAAGCUGGUGCGGUGCUAUACGCAAAACAUUGACCAAAUUGAAGAAAAAGUCGGCCUGUCGACGUCUCUUCUGGCAGGGCCGGGCAGUCGAGGUCGCUUCUCGCGCAAGUCAACAGCAAACACGGCGCAGCUCAACAAGAUGGUGGAAGAAGUAUCGAGCGGUGAAGGGGGAAAUGCUGGCGAUGUUGGCGCGUCUAGCCAAUCACCACCAACCGGGUCGAGUGAGCAAACGCCUGCAGACCAGCGGCAGACAUCAUCCCAGCCCAAUGGUAAGACGGAAGAGGAUGAAACUAGUACUACUACACCGCCAGAUCAACAACCCAAGCCAGCUCCAAGAAAGGAGGCGCCGACACCGCGGUCCGGUGUGGAGUGCGUAUUCCUGCAUGGCUCUCUGCAGCUUCUACGAUGUUUCCUCUGCGGGCAGGUUUGCUCUUGGGACGACGAAGACCGCGAGGUGGAGACGCUUUCUGGCCAACAGCCUGAAUGUCCUCACUGCGUUGGCGCGACGGAAGCCCGCCAGGAAAGGGGCAAGCGAGCCCUGGGCGUGGGCAAGCUGCGUCCUGACAUUGUGCUAUACGGCGAAGAGCAUCCAAACGCCCACCUUAUCAGCCCCAUCGUGACGCACGAUCUCGCCUUGUACCCGGACAUGCUUCUAAUCCUGGGGACCAGCCUGCGGGUCCACGGCCUCAAGGUCAUGGUCAGGGAGUUUGCAAAGACAGUCCACAGCAAGGGCGGCAAGGUUGUCUUUGUCAACUUCACCAAGCCGCCAGAGAGCUCCUGGGGGGACAUUAUCGACUACUGGAUCCAGUGGGACUGUGACGCCUGGGUGGCCGAUCUCCAGGUGCGCAUACCAAAGCUCUGGCAAGACCCGGAGCCGCCAAAGCCCAAGAAGAAGCGCGACUCGGGAGGGACCGCCGAGGAGAACCGGGAGGAAAAGAAGAAGCCACCCGCGCAGAAUCCUGUUGCAUUACGGGACACCAAGGUGAAUGGCGCGUACUGCACGUUGAAAAUCCUCAAGGAGCUACGAAGGAUCGCGGCCACCUCGCCUCCUCCGCCAUAUUCUCCUCCUCCCCUUUCUCUCACCAUUUCCCUUUCGCCUUCUCUGCCACUUCCUCCGCCUCCGUUGAGUCGCGACUCGGCUGCCAUCGCCACGCAGGCCAACCCCGACCCCAAACCCCCGACUCCCGCCGAGGCGGCCCCCCGAUCUGCCGCUAUGGAUCCUCCUACACGCAUCAGCACGCCAAGGGGAAAGGCUAAGCGACCGCGUAAGUCGGCUCCGGGAGCUCUGGACCGGCCCAAGAGGACGCCGUCGACGCUGAACCCAAAUCACGGCCGCUCCAAGAAACCUGUGGAGGAGGUCAAAGAGCAAGAGGUGCCCGAGACGCCCGAGACACCCAGCCAGGCUCCAGUCAGCACGGUGGAAGAGUUCAGCUCCAUCCUGCACUCUGUCAAGUCCAAUCCGCGCAUUCGCAAGAGAAAGAUGAUUGACGGAGAGGAAUUCGUAUUCCCUGCCAUUGGGAAGAAACGCGGCGCGGUGGAUAGCCUGUACAAGGGCACGGAGGAGGACAAGAAGAAACUGCCCCCUCUACGCCCAAUGCCU